GUGAUGGGUGAUUUUCUGUACUCCAGUUCGGUUCUUGCGAACGACUCAUGCGUGGCCAAUCCGUCGCUGCUCGAUACGCUCAGCAUCAAUAAUCUGCUGAACAUCAAGCAUUUGGCGGGGACGUCUGGACCGGAUAUGGCCGGCACUAGCAUCUCGGAUAGCCUGGGCACGAUCGGUGAAUCCUCAUCCUCGUCGUCCUCGGUGUCGAUGGGGGAACGUACCAAGACAAACGGUAACGGUGGUACCGGUUCCAAAAUGUCGGCUGGCGGAAGUUCAUCGGGCUCGCUAUCGUUAGGCGUUGGCACGGGUGGUUCCAGUGACGGGCCGGGAGGUUUGCUGAUGGCAUCGAGCGUUGCUGCUGCGUCCAGCUGUGGCGUGGGAGGUCUUUCGUCAGUGUCUAGCAUCAUUACAACGGCCAUGUCGUCGGAUGGUUGCUCUUUGUCGUCCGUGUCGGCGGCUCGCGAACUUUCCAUGGCACUUGGCUCGGCGGCAGGUGCGGGAAGUGUCGGCGAAGCGACGGUCACUUCAUCGUUGCUGAACGGUGGCAGCAUUACAUCGCCCUCGAUAGUGAACCUUGGCGGCCACGGAGGUUUGAAUGGGAUGGGCAACGGUACCGGCAGCAACUCGAACGGCAACCACAACAGUGCGGGCCACAACCACAGCAAUAAUGGGGGAAGCAGCGCUAGCAGUAUAAACAGCAGCGGCAGCAUGUGCGUGAAUGGAAAUGGGAAUCAGAACAGCGCCAACAAUAAUCUGCUCCUGGACAGUGGAUCCGAUCAGCUGCAGCUACAGUCCGUAGCGGAGGAGCUCAGCCUGAAGGCGACCGAUUUAAGCUGUCUCGGUGUCACGUCCAACCUGAUGAACGGAUCAUCGCACAUCGGUUCAUGUUUAGCACCGAGCGGGCUCGGGUUCGGCACAUCGCCAGACCAUUCCAGCCCAUGGUCGACCGGUCCGGAUGAAACGACGUCUGGUCAGGGCAGUUCCGGUAGUGCUCACCUGUCAAUGAAUGGAUUGGGAGCGUUCCAGAAUUUCUCAAGCAAUCUCUACAGUGGUGCCGUUGUGGCGGCCGCCGCAGCUGCUGCAGCCGCCGCUGCUCAGCAGCAACAACAGCAGCACCAGCAACAGCAGCAACAGCAGCAGCAUCAGCAACAGCGCCGUGCCAUAACGGCUUCCCAUGGUGGUUUUCCCAAUCAUCAUCACGGCAUCUCGCCGAGCGGAUUAUCCGUGCAUGGUAAUGCAAUGCUGCAGCAGCAACAGCAGCAACAACAGCAACAGCAGCAGCAACAAAAUCAGUAUAAAAAUUCGUACCCUUCGUGGUCUAAUCCGGGCCCUUGGUCACAGCAACAAUCCACCCAACAGCAGCAGCAGCAGCAGCAGCAGCAACAGCAGCAACAGCAACAACAUCAUCAGCAGCAAGUACAUCAGCAUCAACAGCAACAGCAGCAAAGUUCGCUGUCCUCUUGGAAUCGUGGCCGUUCCGUUUCGAGCCUCAACCCAUCGGGACUCGGUCCGAACGGGUUGCACUCGCGCAAACCUCCACACCAGUCCGGCAAUCAGUCCCUCUCACCGUACGGUAUCGGUAAUAGCAGCCAUCUGCAGCAAUCUCACCACCAUCAGCAGCAACAUUCGCAUCAGCAACAGAGCCUACAACAUCAGCAUCAUCAGCAGCAGCAACAGCAGCACCAUCAUCACCCGUCGCACCAUCAGUCGAACGCACUGCAGCCAUUACAGUCGAACCUUGCCAACUCGCCGUCACGCUACAGGCGCAGCACUUCGUCUAUUCCAUUCCCCAACAAAUCGUCCCUCUCCAUAGCUGCCACCGGUACUGUUGGUGGUGGCGGCGGCGGUGGUGGAGGUGGCGGUGUCGUUGGUAGUGGCGGCAGUGUUGGUGGCAUCGGUUCCGGCGCAUUUCCUGGACCGCUCGACGUCGUAUCCGGUAUCGAUGAGAACCGUGAUCCAUUCCUGUCAUCGUAUCAGGACCGCACCGGACUGAGCAACGGGUUGGACAUGCGCUCGCUCGAGCACUGUCUGAGCGACAUCAUGCGAAACGUCGGCGAAGCAUCGCAGCCGGAUCAUCUGAAAGGAUUUUUAAACUGCAACACCAACACCCUACAAUCACUGGCACAGCUACACGGAAAACUCGAUUUCCAUGAAUUCAUCCCAGGCAAACCAUUUUUCGCGGGACUGGACGAACACCUGAACGAUGAAGAUGGCAGCGGUGGCGGUGGUUUUAUCGGUGCCAACCAGAUGCAGCUUAACUCGCCGGCUAGAUCUUCGCCACACUCCAACGGGUCCGAAACGACGGAACGUUUCUCGCGGAAAGUGUUUGUCGGUGGUCUGCCACCGGACAUCGAUGAAGAGGAAAUAACUACAUCAUUCAACCAAUACGGAGAUCUCAUCGUCGAUUGGCCUCACAAAGCCGAGUCUAAGUCAUACUUUCCUCCCAAGGGGUAUGCAUUUCUUCUUUUCCAAGAAGAGCGCGGUGUGCAGAAGCUGAUCGAAACGUGCGUCCCGGACGACGACAAGCUCUACAUCACUGUCUCAUCACCGACGAUCAAGAACAAAGCGGUUCAAAUCCGUCCCUGGCGGCUAGCGGAUGCCGAUUUCGUGCUGGAUGCUUCGAUGCCGCUCGAUCCACGAAAGACCGUCUUUGUGGGUGGUGUACCGAGACCGCUGAAAGCUUAUGAACUCGCCAUGAUAAUGGAUCGUUUGUAUGGUGGUGUAUGCUAUGCCGGUAUCGAUACAGAUCCGGAAUUAAAAUAUCCGAAGGGCGCUGGACGUGUCGCGUUUUCGAAUCAGCAAAGCUACAUUGCUGCCAUCUCAGCUCGCUUCGUCCAGCUGCAGCAUGGCGAUAUAGAUAAACGUGUCGAGGUGAAACCGUACGUUUUGGACGAUCAAAUGUGCGACGAGUGCCAUGGUCAGCGCUGUGGAGGAAAAUUUGCUCCCUUCUUCUGUGCCAACGUUACUUGUCUUCAGUAUUAUUGCGAACAGUGCUGGGGUUUGAUUCACUCGCGCGAAGGCCGCGAAUACCAUAAGCCCCUCGUUAAGGAGGGUGCAGAUCGGCCCCGGGCAGUGCCCUUUCGUUGGUGUUAACGUCAACAGCCCCGAUCAAUAUCAACUGCAACUGCUAGGACGGCGACGUCGGCGCGGACGGGUAGUGGAGCUGGCGGCAAUGCCAUCGGUUCACUCGGCUGCACCAGCGCACCCAGCGAAAACCUUACAUCGCUAUCC